AAGAAUUUUAAAAUAGUCUCAUUCUUAGUAAUGGCGGCUCCGCAAGUCUCUCGCUCGGGAAUAAAGAAUAAAUGGUACUUUACCCGCGAGCAGAUCGAAAACAGUCCUUCUCGUCGAGCAGGACUGGACCCUGAUAAAGAAUUAUCUUACAGACAACAGGCUGCGAAUCUUCUACAGGACAUGGGACAGCGGCUCAAUGUAUCCCAGCUCACGAUCAACACUGCCAUCGCGUACAUGCAUCGCUUCUACAUGAUCCAGUCUUUCACUCGAUUCCACCGAAACGUGAUUGCGCCUGCUGCGCUUUUCUUGGCAGCAAAGGUUGAAGAGCAACCACGCAAGCUGGAGCAUGUGAUUAAGGUGGCUCAUGCCUGUCUCAAUCCUCAGGAGCCUCCUCUAGACUCCAGGAGUGAUACUUACCUGCAACAAUCCCAAGACCUGGUCAUGCUUGAGAGCAUUAUACUCCAGACCCUCGCCUUUGACAUCACCAUUGACCAUCCUCACACACAUGUUGUCAAGUGUACGCAGCUCGUACGAGCGAGUAAAGACCUGGCCCAGACUUCAUAUUUUAUGGCAACCAACAGCCUGCACCUGACGACAUUCUGCCUGCAGUACAGUCCCCCUGUAGUCGCGUGUGUAUGCAUACAUUUGGCCUGCAAGUGGUCUAACUGGGAAAUACCCGUCUCUAACGACAGCAAGCACUGGUGGGAAUACGUUGACCGAAAAGUCACUCUCGAGCUGCUGGAUGAGCUCACACAUGAGUUUCUACAAAUCUUGGAGAAGACGCCAAGCCGUUUAAAACGCAUUCGAAACUGGAAAGCAUCGGGUCAAACAGCGAAGAAGCCGAAGGAAGGAGACAAGACGGAAGCCAUGAUGAGCAUGAUCUCCAUGGCAUCCUCUGAAAGCACGCUGGCCGGCCUGAUGAGCCUCUCAGCUCCUCCUUCAACAUCCGAGCCCUCCAGCCCCACAUCGUCUAAUGAGGAUAAGCAGCCUGUCUUCAAAGUGCCUAACCCACCAGAACCGCCCGCUCCCACGAGAGUGUCUCUGAGUGAGUACCGAGCCAAGCAUGCAGACGAGCUCGCUGCACAGAAAAAGAAGCUGGAAAACAUGGAGGCCUCUGUAAAGCGUGAGUACGCCACAGCUGCCCAGGCCCUCAUGAACCAGCAGAGAAAGGAGAAGCAUCAUCAUAACCACCACCAGCAGCAAGCUGGCUCAAGUUCCUCAGAACCCAUCGUCCUAAAGAUUCCGAUAGAAGACAGGCAGGAUCGUGGCUCUAUCAAAAUGCGCCUGCCGAACAACAACAGAGGAGCCGAGCAGGACCUGAAGUUAAAGCUCCGCAUCCCAGAGAGACGAUCAGGUUCAGGGGAUGACGGAAAGAACAAAGAGAAGCACAGAGAGCGGACCAACCAUCACCACCACCACCACAAUCAUCACCAUCACCACUCCUCAGGGAGUAGCUCCUCCUCAUCCUCUUCAUCCUCACACAAACACUCCAGUUCCACGGGCGCUUCCACAAGUAGCAAAAAAUCAGACCCAACAAGAUCAAGCUCAUCUUCAUCUCGAAAGCGAACUCACUCGUCCGAGCCCUCGCCUAUGGCGCACCCUUCUAAAAUCAGCAAGUUGUCCAGGAACUCGUACCAGCUGCCCCCACUGCCUACGGACAUCCUGCCAUCGCUUGCGCUUGCACACAAUCAGGGAAAUUACCCACACCCCAAAACGGACAAGGCUGACACCAACGGACAUGGUGCCAGCACAGGGGGUCAGUCGAAUGAGUACCAAGACACGUUUGACAUGCUGAAUUCUUUGCUGAGCGCCCAGGGAGUGCAGCCUGCACAGUCCCAAAUGUUUAACUAUCACUCCCAAUACGGCGACUACAGAUACAGCGUGAGCUCAAGAGGCGGGAACCUGCAACCUCCGCCGCUUCCCGCGGAACCCCCUCCACGGCUUCCACCACUGCCCGAAUGAACCACCACAAAUACAUCACACGCCGUCCAUACACCAUCCCAGGUUUCCCAGAUUUCAUUUUUCAUCAUUUUUAUAUCUAUCACGUGCAUUAAGAUAAAUGGCAAAUGAACCUUCCAAUACACACAUUCUGCUCCAGCCUGUUAAAUCCAUCCCAAUCAUCCCAGGUGUCUGUGGUUGGGUGGUUCCACGGCACCCAAACGUGUGGCAAUAAUGGCUAACAUAUAAACUAUUAAAACCUAGCAAAAAAAAUGUAAAAGCAAAAUGUUAUUUAUUUAAAAAAAAAAUUGUACAUGCUAUUUUUGUCACUCAGUUUUAUAUAUGCAUUAUGUCUAAAUGGUGAUUAAUAAGAAUUGAGUAACUGAGCAAGAAAAACGAAAGAUUUGUUUUUACAUAUGGGUUUUUAUCUUUAACUAAUUAGUGUGUCUUUUUUAAAACCACAAUAUUUAUUGAUAGUCUUUUUAAAUGUAAUUAAAAGUUGUUUUUUGUUUGUGUUUAUUUUUAUUAUUAUUAUUAUUUGCUUUUGGAAGUCAUUUGGAUUCAUUUUUAUAUUGGUUUGCAUUAACGUGUGAGUCAAGUUGAAGAUAAAACAAAACAGAUAACAACAAAAAAGGUAACUCGUGCAAAUCGGCAUGAAAAUAUUUCUAAAAUCCGGUUGGUAUCGUCUUUGUUCAGCCAAGUGUUCACGAUCUAAAAUAGACAUGCAAUAUUUUUCCUAUUGAGAAAAAAAAAAGUUUUAUGUUUGCGUUUUAUGAAUUUAUGGGCCCUUUGUGGAAGCAGUCAUUGUUUUAAAUGCUUGUAAAUUGUGCUCGAAAUUCUACUGAGUAUAUAUAUAUAUAUAUAUAUAUAUUUUUUUUUUUCAGUUUGAUCACACCAGGCAGUAUCUAAUGUGGUGGUGUUUUUUGUUUGUUUGUUUGUUUUUGCUUUUUGUUUGCAGAAUAUAAUUAUUGUGUAUUGGCAGAAGAGACCACAAGCCAUUGUGAAGCAUUUAUAGACUUUUAUAAACUCAUAACCCAUAUUCAAAUAAUCUGCUUGAAUACGUCUACCAAAGUUGUAUGCAGCACAGAGGAUGUAGGACAUGUAGAGAAAUCCAUCCUUAGCCACAAAUUGUAUUUUCCUCUUUUGUUUUGUUUUCCAGUGUUGGGGGGGGGGGGGGACAUUUUACUUUGGAAGCGUUUAUGCACCGCUUGAUUUCUGAGACGUGAAACGAUUUUUCUACCGUCACAUUAAUGUUACUGUUGUGCCUGCCUCUGCUUACACUAUCGGAUAGGAUGGAUUUCUGAUUGUAUUCCUUCUCACAUUACACACGAUAAGCUCUGCAUGCUAACGAUGUACCGUUUAGUUUGAGAGUAUUAUUAUUAUUAUUACCACUUGUUCCUCCAAGGCUAUAUUCUGCCAUUACUCCUUACCAAAAGCAUGAAGCACACGCUCCUUAACUCUCCCUACUGAAUAUUUAGAUGGUGCUGGAGAUAAAGGGGUCACACGUUGUUGUUUUUUUUUAUUUUAUUUUAUUUUUUUUUCCUGUCGUCAUAUCGGAUUCCUGUUAUCUUAAGGAUACGGAAAGGUCGAAUCUCAAGACUCGUGCAAUCACCACUUCAUCUUUUCACGCCUGCAAAGAAAAGAUUUUUUUGUUGUUUUUGUUUUAUUAAAUGUAUACACCACACUAUGUUUCGUGGUACCACAUGAACUCUCAGGUUUCAGAUUUGAAUUCUUGGAACAUUUCUUGGCAGAAGAAACUUUGUGAACUCUGUUCCUUUUUUCUAAAUGUGAUUGAUAUCUCAUGUAAAUAAAUGUUUUAUGAGAA